AUGCAGGUACCGAAUAUCGACAAACUCCUCCAUCCGUGGAAGCCGGGACCACAGAAAACAUAUAUCUUCAAGAAUGCCAAUGUCAUCGACCCUACGAACGGUUCUAUAGAAUUAUGCACCGUCCGAACGGCACGGGGGAUCAUCGAAUCCGUCACGCCAGCUGAUCGUGCUACCUCCGGGGAACCACAGACAAGUUCAAAGGCAAACAUAAACACAGUAAUCCUCGACCUGGAAGGAAGAUACUACAUAACCCCCGGUUUGAUCGACCACCAUGUGCACCUCAUCUCCGUACCGGGAGGUAAUGGGCUCAAUGAAUCCUGGAAGGUAACACCGGACCAAUCCAAGCUGCGCCAGCCGUACGUCUGUGAACAGAUUCUGAGUCGGGGGUUCACGACAGUACGCGACUGCGGCGGCGCAUCCUUGGCCCUGAAAGAAGCCAUCGCGGAGGGCGUAUUCCCCGGCCCUCGCAUCUUCAUGGCAGGGAAAGCACUCAGCCAGACGGGCGGACAUGCGGAUCUCCGCUCGGCGCACGAUAGCUCCGGCUCCAGCUGCUGCGGGGGCGGGAGUGGACUGCAACUAGGUGUCCUCUGCGACGGUGUACCAGAAUGUAUCAAGAACGCACGAGAGCAGUUACGGAGCGGAUCGGAUUUCCUCAAGAUCAUGGCUGGUGGAGGCGUGGCCAGUCCCACAGACGCGCUGGCGAACGUGCAGUUCACCGCGGAAGAGAUCAAAGCCAUAACAACCGUCGCAGCGAAUAAUAAGACCUUCGUCACUGCGCAUGCGUACACGGUCGAAUCCAUCCGGCAGGCGAUUGAUAACGGCGUCAAGGGCAUCGAGCAUGGGAACAUGCUCGACGAGGAAACAGCCGCGUUGAUGGCUGAGAAAGAAAUCUUCCUGACGCCUACGUUGAUUGCGUACUCGGAAAUGGCGAAUCCGCGCUGGGGAGGAUUUCUGCCGCCCGAGAACGCGAGUAAGAAUGAGGCUGUAUUGAGGGCGGGCCUGAAGUCGUUGCAGAUUGCAUCCAAAGCUGGUGUGACUAUGUGCUAUGGUUCGGAUCUACUGGGUCCCUUAGGAAUCGCACAGACGAAGGAGUUCGCGCUACGAUCGCAGGUUCUGUCGCCGUUAGCGAUCCUGCAGAGUGCGACGGUUAAUCCGGCACGGUGGUUGAGGCAGAAUGAUAAACUGGGACUGGUUAAGGAGGGAUUUACGGCGGAUUUGUUGAUUCUUACGAGAAAUCCCUUGGAGGAUGUGACUGUUUUUGAUAGCCCGGAGACGAACCUGUUGGCUGUGAUGAAGGAUGGGAGGGUGCAGGUAAGUCGGUGGUCGAAGCUGCCGCAGGAUGUAUUUGUUCCUCCGUCAAUGAUUGAGUAG